AUGGAGGCGAGCAGAGACUCGUCAUGGGACCGACUACAACGACUGCCGGAACAGUAUCGCCAGCAAAUACAUUCAAUCUACGGAGAACACAUGCCCUUGGAUGUGAGAAAAGUUCUCUCGGACUGGCUGGACAAGCAAGAUUGGCCUCUACUAAACCCGGAUAAUCCUGACAUCAGCCAAUAUACGAUCGUGUUAGCAAACCAACUCAUCGCUGAGCUUGAGGACAAAGUAACGAAAACGAACGAUACUAUCAGCCGGAUCAAACUCAGCGAAGCCCUGGUGGCGUUCAGGCAGAGUGUCAAUACGGACCCCACAUUCAUGAUCAGAAUACUCCGAAAUUGCAUCAUGCAUGAGCAGAAAGUCAUCGCGCUGUGCGAGGCAUCGCUCGGUCUUAACCUCAACCCCGACCGCACCCUCGUGCUCCAACAAGAACUCGAAGAGUCUCGCCGCAACAUUCGACGGCACGAAGAACAAUACUUGAACAUGGAGAAAUUCGGCGGAACGUUCCUCUUCAAUUACCAGGAGCUACAGAAGGCCAAUUCUCAACUGCAGCGGAUGCAGGCUUCUGGUCAGGCGACCGACUCAGCUCAGCAUGAGAUACGGCAAUUGGAAAAUCUCAUCAAAGAGAACGCCAGAGAACUCGAUCAGCUCCGACGGUCUUUCAUAGAGAGUUUAACAGAUAGCGUCCGGUUCUUAGGACACGUUGAGCACCAGAUAAUCGGCGAGGAGCUGCCGAACUGGCAUCGCGCACAACAACUUUCUGGAAACGGUCAACCGAUCGACAUCAACUUCGAACGUCUGCAAGAGUGUUGCGAGUCGCUCGCCGAACACAUCUAUCUCCAUCUGCAACAUGUGGAGAAAUUGAAGUAUUUAGUCAUUAAAUUGCCCACGGCGUCUGAGGCGAGUUUCAAAGAGAGUUUCGAAAUUUUGGAAACUCAGCUCAAAACGCUAUUAUCCGCCCUGGUGAGCGGGACAUUCGUCAUCGAGAAGCAGCCACCGCAAGUAAUGAAAACGAACACUCGAUUCACCGCAACAGUUCGACUCCUGGUGGGCGCAAAACUAAAGGAGCUCUUCGAGAAAAAUCCAAGCGAUCCUCCACAAGUGCGAGUUUCCAUAAUAAGCGAAGCGCAGGCUGUAGUUCUCGCUCGGAACAACGGCUAUCCGUCUACCGAUGUUGCUGGUGAAAUUCAAAACAACAUGGGCGCUAUAGAGCAUCAUCAUUCCUCGAGACAAUUCUCAGCCUCGUUCAGAAACAUGUCCCUGAAGAAAAUACGCCGCGCGGACAAGAAGGGCACCGAGAGCGUGAUGGACGAGAAGUUCUGUCUGCUUUUCCAGUCGGUGAUGAAGAUCGCCGACAUGACGUUCCACGUACAGGCCCAGUCGCUGCCGGUCGUGGUCAUCGUGCACGGCAACCAGGAGCCGCACGCUUGGGCCACCAUCACUUGGGACAAUGCGUUUUCGGAGCCUAAACGACUGCCGUUCGUUGUCCCGGAUAGCGUCAGUUGGAACAAGAUGGCCCACGUUCUCUCGACGAAAUUCUUCAGCGCGACAGGCCGCGGUCUAUCCGAGAGUAAUCUUCAUUUUCUCGCCACGAAAGUAUUUCAUAACGCGAAUCUUCCGCCCGACUACGGCGAGCUAUUGGUGACCUGGAAUCAGUUUUGUAAAGAGCCUCUCCUGGAUCGGAGCUUCACUUUCUGGGAAUGGUUUUACGCCAUUAUGAAACUGACCCGCGAACAUCUGAGGCCGAUUUGGAUGGACGGUCUCAUCUGGGGCUUCAUCAGUCGUCCCGAGGCAGAGGGCAUGCUCCUCAAAAAAGUCACCGGUACCUUUCUGCUGAGAUUCUCCGACUCUGAGCCCGGAGGGGUCAGCAUAGCUUGGCUGGCGGAAACAGAGAACAAUCAGAAGGAGAUCCUGAUGGUUCAGCCAUUCACCGCCAAAGAUUUUCAAAUACGGAGCCUCGGCGAUAGGAUAUCUGACCUCGGGAGCUUGGUGUAUCUCUACCCGGAUAUACCGAGAGAUCAGGCUUUCGGUAAAUACUACACGACCCUCCAGCAGAGUCAUUCUCACGGGACGAAUGGCUACGUCCGGCCAUUGCUCGUGACUCAGAUAGCGGUUCGUCAGUUGCACACAACCGACUCAAAUCCACCAACUCCUCUGCCGUUCUACAAUCAUCCGGAGUCUAACAUGUUCGCCGCCGUUCCCGAGACCGGCUUCGGGGACCCGAACCUGCAGCUUUUCAACUUGAACGCGACAAAUCAGCCCAUGAAACGUCAGAGGGACGAAAGUUUCUGCUCCCUCCAGCACUCGAGCUGGCCGGAAGUGAGCGACCGAGUGGACUCCAGCGUUCACGAACAGACUUGAGAUUCAUUCCUACUUAAGUAAAACUUAGCCAACCCCGACGAAUUUGAUCGAGGCAGUAGAUAUAUCGAAAAACGCUCUGGAGCCAAUUCCUGUACAUCUUUUGAUAACGUGUCCUUCUUCUCGAUCACGUGGAAUACUGCUCGAGUAAUUCUAUCUCAUGAAACCAGCUCCUGGGUCCGCUACCAAAUUGCAUUUCACAUCCCAUCGACGCGAGUUGCUUUCAGAAAGUGUAAUGUACAG